AUGUCCAUCAUAAAAAGCCCCGCUCCCAGUGUGGACAUACCGGACAAUGUCUCUCUGACGGAAUAUCUCCUCCGAGAUUUCGAGACUUACGGGGACAAAGUAGCCGUGGUCGACGGCAUAACGGAACGGUCCUACACCUUUGCGCAGCUGAAGGUAUUGUUUCGUCGGUGCGGAAGCGCCCUCACGCGAUUAGGAUUCAAACAGCAUGACGUCUUCGCCAUCUACAGUCCGAAUCUGCCCGAGUUUCCCAUCGUCUUCUUCGGAGUUAUCGGGAUCGGAGGCACCGUGACAACCGUCAGUCCUUGGUACACAACAGAUGAACUCACCCGUCAGCUACAGCAGUCAGGAGCCUCCUAUAUCAUCACUGUACCCAUGUUAGUUGACAAGGUCAAACAAGCUAUGGACAAGUGCGAAAAGUUGAAGGACAUCUACGUGUUUGGUGAGGCCGAUGGCUGCACGCCGUUCUCCUCCCUCCUGCGGGACGACGGCUCGGCCUUCCCGGCGGACGUGCAGGUCAACCCGCGGGAGGACGUGGCGGUGUUACCGUACUCCAGCGGCACCACGGGGCUUCCCAAGGGCGUCAUGCUCACACACUACAACCUCAUCGCCAACCUGGAGCAAAUGAGAUCUGAUGCCCUUAAGUUGGACGCUGCCUCGGACGUUCUCAUUGGUGCACUGCCGUUCUUCCACAUCUACGGCAUGGUCGUCAUCUUGGCCGUCGGGCUGGUACAGGGAGUGAAGAUCGUCUGUCUGCCCAAGUUUGAUCCGGGGCUCUUCCUUAAGUGUAUCCAGGAUCAUAAGGUUACCAGGGUACAUUGCGUGCCCCCUAUGGCCCUGUUCUUGUCCCAACACCCCAUGGUGGACACAUGCGACUUCUCUCACGUCAAGGAGCUCAUCUGUGGCGCCGCGCCGCUAGGCAAGGGUCUCAGCGACGCCGUCAUGGCUAGACUCAAACACCCAACUAUACGGCAAGGUUUUGGGAUGACAGAGGCGAGUCCGGUGACAAACCUCGUCAGAGAAGACCACGUUGUGCCGGGAUCCAUAGGACCUCUCUUACCCAACACAGAAUGCAAGGUUGUAGAUAUCGAGUCGGGUAAGCUGCUGGGUGAGGGUGAGGACGGUGAGCUGUGUGUGAGGGGUCCUCAGGUGAUGAAGGGUUAUCUCAACAACCCGGAGGCCACGGCCAACACCAUCAGGGACGGCUGGCUGCACACUGGCGAUAUCGGUCAUUACGAUAACGAACACAACUUCUACAUCGUGGAUCGGCUGAAGGAGCUCAUCAAGUAUAAAUGUUACCAGGUCCCCCCGGCAGAACUGGAGGCCCUGCUGCUGACCCACCCCGGGCUGCAGGACGCUGCAGUGGUCGGCGUGCCUGACCAGGAGGCCGGGGAGCUGCCCAAGGCCUACCUGGUGAGGAAACCGGGGGCAGACGUGUCGGCGGAACAGGUCAUGGACUACAUCACAGGUCGAGUUGCUCCUUACAAGAAGCUCCGGCUGGUGGAGUUCACAGACCGAAUUCCCAAGUCGGCUAGUGGGAAGAUCCUGCGACGGUUCCUUAAAGACAAAGAGGCAAAGAAACAAGAGAACAGUAUUCAGUAUUCAAGUAACGAAUAGAGUGUCUAGAAGUCUGCACCUGUUUGGAUGUGUGGAUGGGAAAACUCCUAGCCUCCUGUGCAG